AUGGCGAAGCACAGGCCAGCGCGGAGAAGCGCAGAGAGCAACAAGAGCCCCAAGAAUCGGCUGACCAGCGCAGCCCUAGUCACUCCAAGCUCUUUGAGUAGUGAUACAGGCCAGCUAGUCCUGAUCGCCGUGUGCCGUCGUUUCUGCAGGAACUUCCCCAGCUAUUACUACGACCUUCACUUCCGUGUGCCGGGCUCCAACGCCACCCUGACCAUCCUGAUGCUGGACACCGUCCUGCUGUGCGGGAACUCGGACGACUUCUCCGACGAGAGGCCCCGGGGCCCCCUGAAUGCGGCCGGCGCGGGGCUCCAGCUUGAGUGGCUGUCGGAGCAGCUCGAGCGCUCCCGUGCUGACUUCCUGUUGGUGGCCGGUCACUACCCUGUGUGGUCGGUGGCCGAGCACGGCCCCACGCACUGCCUGCUGGACAAGCUGAGGCCCCUGCUCUUGAAACACAAGGUCACAGCCUACCUGUGCGGCCACGAUCACAACCUGCAGUAUAUUCAGGAGUCUGGGGUCGGCUACGUGGUCAGCGGAGCGGGGAACUUCUUGGAACACUCCCUGAAGCACAAGGGUGACGUUCCGGAAGAUUCCCUCCGGUUCUUCUACGCCGAGCACUCCUCGCUGGGGGGCUUCGCCCACGUGGAGGUCACACGACAGGAAAUGGCCGUGACCUUCAUCACAGCCAUGGGGAAAUCCCUGUACCGCACCACGCUGCCUCGCCGCACUGCCCCCUAGAGAAAGGAGGAGCGCACUGUCCAGAAUGACACCGUCCCUCUGAAAUUUUAUACAACGCCUUUAAAAUGAAUGUUGAUUCUGUUUCCGUUCGUUCAGAGUUCUGUUGUACCUGUACUGGGUCCGUUUUCCCAAGUAGAUGUCUCCUAAACUGGGCUAAAAAAAAUCAUCCUUGCGCAAACCCUGAUUCUGUUAUUUGCAGGACAAAUAUCAGAAAUGCUAAAAGGAAACCUUGUGAAUUCAAGUAAUGUUUUGUCUGGAGGGUAAGUGUGUUGCCCCGAGGGGUCGAUGGGGGGGGGGGGGGGAGGCAGUUCUAGCCAAGGAGGAACGCUUCCACUAAAAGUUAAAAACUGCAGUCGCUGUCUGUUUUGACUACUGACUGCUAGAGUGAUUAUUGGCUGGUUUGUGGUCACGUGACUCUGCAGUAGCCAAUGGGGUUGCGAAGGUCAGGUAGUUGGCGUCUGUGGUGAAAAUUGAACCAUACAGAAAUCAGUGUUGCAAGUUAUGUUUUUUUGCUUCCUUUUGUAUUGCACAGGAUUUCAUAUUUCAGAGAAACUAGAAGGAAAUUACCACAAGCUUUGAGUGAAUUGAGUUGUAAAAUCAAUGCCCUGUUUUACACAGUAUAAAGAGAUGAAAUAUAUAUAUCUAUAUAUAUA